GAGAGAGAGACAGAGAUUCAGAGAGAACAGGCGAGGAAAAGGGUGGGAGGGAGAGAGCAGGAGAAAGAAGAGGAGAGGCAAAACACAUACAUCGCUGCCGCUCUGACGUUUCAUCUCACGAGCCUGAUCUGGUGUGUUUAAGCGCAAGAAGAGGAGAGAGAAGAGAGAGGAAAAUAAAUCCUGGGAGCUCGACUCAUCUCUUUGCUUUAAAUUUCUCUCUCUUUUUUUUUUUUUAAACUCCAUCACCCAACGAAUGAAGGCGGCUUCUGCUAAUACGGCAGGGUAAAAAGAAAGGGAUGCUUUGAACGCUGCCUCUGUUACGACAAGGGGCACGGAAGAGGAAGAGGGGGAAGGCGGCACACAGCAGGGGCCAAAACUGGAUUUCUAGGAUGACUCGGAGUCGACUUGGAAGCUUGGAACACGAGCCUCCCGCCGAAGUCUCUGAAUGAGGGGCCAGGCCUGAGGAUGUAAAACGGUAGGGAGAUUGCGGAUGUCGCUCAUGACGCACCUUCCACUGCGUUGGACCACCUUGAGCUGCGAACACCUCCCCAAACGGCAGCGUCUACAGUCGAGCUCGAGACAAAGGCUCGUGACAGGCAUCUGACGGCACAGGAGGACGGGAAAACGCCGAAGGAGGGGCCUGCGAUUGCUCCUGCUUCAUUGGGAGGCCCUGUCUGUGCGAGCAGCCGGAGGAAGAGCAACGGGUGAUGGUGGAGCGUCAUGGAGACGGUCACCGUUAGGUAGCCCAUCGAGCAUGGAGUGUUGCCUUCUCAGCCACGCAUCAACAGUAGUGCAGUGAUCCAGUUCUGACUGUGGAUAAUCCAGAGCCAAACAACCAAUCCUUGAGAUGCCGAAAAGAAGAGAUAUUCUUGCCAUCGUGUUGAUUGUGUUACCCUGGACUCUACUCAUCACUGUUUGGCACCAAAGUGCUAUAGCUCCACUCCUCGCUAUCCGAAAGGCCUGUCACCACCUAGUAAAAGAGAUCUUUAUCAUUCCAGAGAGGCUUGCAGUCCACCACCACCGACUCUCAGAUGAAGGUGCCGAGGGCAAGAGGGAGACUGGUGGUCAGGACUCCAAAGAAUACUGUGCCUCAGAUAAGGACAUUGUGGAAGUGGUGAGGACAGAGUACGUGUACACGCGGCCUCCGCCCUGGUCUGACGUGCUGCCCACGAUUCACAUCAUCACCCCCACGUACAGCCGGCCGGUGCAGAAGGCGGAGCUUACCCGCAUCGCAAACACUUUCCUCCAUGUCCCCAACCUGCACUGGAUCCUGAUAGAAGACUCGCAGAGGAGAACGCCUCUGGUCACGGGUCUUCUCCGAGAGACGGGGCUAAACUACACCCACCUCAAUGUGGAGACGCCGAAGAGCUUCAAGAUACGAGGCGACACCCGCGACCCCAGGAUUCCCAGAGGGACCAUGCAGCGGAACCUGGCCCUGCGUUGGCUUAGGGAGACCUUCAAAAACAACACCAGCCAGCCGGGCAUCGUCUACUUUGCAGACGAUGACAACUCGUACAGCCUGGAGCUGUUUGAGGAGAUGAGAUCGACUCGCAAAGUUUCGGUGUGGCCCGUGGCCUUCGUGGGCGGCCUGCGCUACGAGUCCCCCAAGGUGAACGCAGCCGGGAAGGUCUACGGCUGGAAGGCGGUGUUCGACCCCCACCGGCCCUUUGCCAUCGACAUGGCUGGCUUCGCCAUCAACCUGAAGCUCAUCCUCUCCAAGCCACAGGCGUACUUUAAGCUCCGCGGCGUGAAGGGAGGCUACCAGGAGAGCAGCUUGCUCCGAGAACUUGUAACGCUCAACGACCUGGAGCCAAAAGCCGCCAACUGCACUAAGAUACUCGUCUGGCACACAAGAACAGAGAAACCCAUCCUCGUAAACGAGGGGAAGAAAGGAUUCACGGAUCCGAAUAUGGAGAUUUGAUGCUCGUGCUUUCUUCUCGAACCCUGGUGGCUGGACCUGCGUCUAUGGUGAGGGGGAAACAGUCAAGUUUCUAUUGAACUGUCACCUGUACUCCAGUCUUAAAUUAAAGAAGAAAAAAAAGUGACAGGAGUUAAAAAUCUGACAUUUUUCAAAUGUGGACCAAAAAAAAAAAAUAAAGAAAACAACAACAACAAAAAAAAAAACACGUCAAAUAUAUCAUAUCAAAGCACAGCAGAGAUGGAGGCAGCAGCCGUCCUUGGGGUCUGCCGCGGAGGAGCGAAGGAAAAACGGAACCCUCACGAGAUUUACAUGGACGGCGAUGGCCUGCACCUUCUCUCAGGGGGUGGGGUGGGGGGGUGGGUGGUGGUGGUGGCACGAGACAGCACAAAAUGAAAACCAACAACAGCCAGCAGAUUGGAACAAACAAGCUGGUUUAAUAACUAUCCUCCAUCUUCAAAAAUUAAAAGCAAAAGGAUCUGAAACGAGCGGACCAGCAUCUGCACAUUGCACACAAGAGGAGCUUCAGGAUGUGGUACACGUCAUCAGCGCUGGAUUAAAAAAACGAAAACGUAGAGUUCUCUCAUCAAGAAAAGGAAUGUUGUUUUAAUAACUACAAAUGUUUGCUGUUAUUUAAUUUAACUGCUUUAGGGGUUUUAAACACUUGAUCUGCUAGUUCGACUGGACUGACUCUUACCUUCGUUUUCUGUUGGGUCGUGGCCAAUUUUUACACCGUCGUUAAAUCUCAUACAUUUACAUGAAGCUACCCGUACACUUAAAGAGAAACUCAAGCUUGGUUGGGAAACUUAGAAACCUAAAAAUAAGAAACUUAACUUUCUUGUUAGCACUUAAAAUGAGCCUUUGGGUAUUUUCUUUCGAGGCAGGGUUUAUACAGAGUAAAUAAAUCUGGGAACAAUCAAGAGGACAGAGGGAAAAUUUGGAGGAAUGCACUGGAACCAUUGUAUUUAUGUGUGAAUGCGAAAUGAUUAAAUUCUUGAAACUGAAACACAACAAA